AUGAAUUGUAUCCGAAAAUUUUUAUAUACGUUAAACUUUAUAGGUUUAUUAUUAUUAUCAUUGAAUAAUUACAUAUUUCAAAGUAGUCUUUUAAAUGGUGAAAGGAAGGGACUAGAAGCUAUAAGAUCAUUGGGAGAAUUUAGCACACUCUUUUCAAGAAAAAAUGAAAAAUUACCAAGUGGUGCAUUAACAAUAGAUGAUGAAAGUGAAGAAGAUAUUGAAUUAAAAAAUGUGCUCACCGGAAUUGCGUCACGAGCAAAUGAAUUAUUAAAAAAAGGAAAUGAGAAUGUUAAAUCGCGAUUAAACAAUGUAUUAAAUGAAGAGAUCUCAAAAAUAUUAAAGGAAUCAGAAAAUUUUAUGAAAGAAGAAAAAAAGAAUAUUGAAAUGAAAAAAGAAAAAAUAUUAAAUGGAGAAGUAUAUAGGACAAGAAUGCUGAUGAAAAAAUUAGCUAAAAAAAGAAUAAUAAUAUGGGAAGAUUCUAAUGAACUACUGAUGCUUGAAGAUUUAUAUGAGCUGAUAGAUGAUAUGCUAAUUGACAAAGCAGCAAAGAUACGUGUUAAAGAACUUGCAAGAAACUUUAUAAAUAGUAAAAGUCCAUUUGACCAUGUUCAAAUAUAUAAAGAAAUUAAGAAAUAUACAAAAAGUGAAAGGUCUAGAAAUAAAAAGCCUCUAAAUAUUAAUAAAAUAUUUGGAUACUUUAAAACAACUAAAAUUGGAAAAAUAUUGUCGAACCCUUUUGUAAUAUUAGAAUUAGCAAAACAUAUAUCUUUAGAUACUUUUCUACAUUUUUGUCUAGAUGCAGUCGAAAAAGUAUCUAGAUUUAUAUUACCAUCAAUAACUAUGUUUUUUAUUAUAUUGUAUUAUGUAAUUGCGAAUAAAAAAUAUUUAAAAUCAUUGGUAAUAAAAAAUAAUAAAAAUCAGCAAAAUGGUGCUAAAGAAAAUAUAAUUGAGAUUGAAGAAAGUAAAAUUAAGAUUGAAAAAAAUAAAAUUAAGAAUAAAGAAAAAAUAACGGGCACGAAGAAAAUAUACGGUAUGAAUGUAAAAGGGGAAAGUGAGACGAACACAGAAGAUACUAUGGACGAAAAAAAAAUCAAUAUAAUAAAGGUAACAAUAUAUAUGUCAAAAAAAAUAUAA